AUGCAAUGCCAUUACGUGGUGUUGGGAGUGGAAAGAACUGCAACUGCCGAUGAAUUGAAAAAAGCAUACAGAAGCAAGGCGUUGGAAUUCCAUCCAGACAAAAACCCUGAUCGGAAAGAGGAAGCAACAGAACUGUUUACUCAUGUUCAAGCUGCGUAUGAAGUUUUAUCUGAUCCUCACGAACGAACAUGGUACGACUCACAUCGAGAUGCCAUUCUCCGCGCUGGCAAUUCAACCUCGGCAUCAUCGCAAAUGGAAACAACACCAACUUGCGACCUGAUGCGUUAUUUUUCUCCCUCGUGCUACACAUCCAUCACAGACCCAUCUCCAAAAGGUUUCUACGCCAUCUACAAUGCCUUGUUCAUAAAACUGUCACAGGAAGAGUCUGAAUCAAUCCAAACAGAUCCCGAAUCCAUCAUGGAACACAUGUACGACGACGAAACUAUAUCCCAUACCAGCUCUACUCUAUUUGGAGAUGCAACAACUUUAUACGAGCCCUAUCUUCAUUCGUUUUAUACACGGUUUAUGCAAUUUCAAACUGUGAAAUCGUUCAGGUGGAUGGAUGUGUACAAAAUGAAUGACAUUCCCGAUCGAAGGGUUCGAAGAUUAGCUAAAAAACACAAUCACAAAAUGAGAAGUACAGCAAGAAAAGAAUUCGUUGAUGCUGUCAGAAGGAUAGCCGCAUACUUGUACAAACGAGAUCCGCGUGUUGCUGCCUACUUGGCUGAAAAGGAGCGUAUAAAGAACGAAACGCAUCAGAAAAUAGAUGAGCAAAAACGAGCACAAAGAGCUCAUCAAAGAGCUUUGGCUGAGGCUUAUAAAGAAGCAGAAUGGACUAAACACGACUCUAUUGAUGUCAUACAAGAAGAUGACUGCGAUCUCUACUUGGACGAAUUUGUCUGUAUUUCUUGCGACAAGACAUUUCGAUCUGCUAUGCAGUUGGCCAAUCAUGAGAAAUCAAAAAAACAUAUCGAGGCUACUGCAAGAUUAAGAGCAGAACUUUUGGCUGAUGGGUUUGAUACCAUCAGUGAAUUAGAUCCAGACGACUCUAUUGUUGAUGAAAAGGAAGUUGCUAUAGAUGAUGUACACGAUCAAAAAUAUGUUGAAUCUGAUGUUGAAUCCUGCUCAUCUUCUCAUCCAUCAAUUUUACCCGAUAACAAACAUGUCGAAAAAUUGGUGAUGGACAUGAACUCAGUAUGCAUUGAUUCUGAGCUUGCUGCAUCUCCAACACUUUCUUCACCUGUACUUGAUGUAAUAGUAUCCGACGACAACGACAAUGAUGUAUGGAACACUAAAAAAUCAAGUAAAUCCGCCAAAGGAAAACGAAAGCCUCGAGAAAAAGGAAAAGCACACUCUUCAACCAAUCUUAAUACAAGAGUUCCCGUUUUAAACAAGACUGCAACUCAAGCCGAGAUGACUGCUGAAAAGCAGAAACACGUGUGCAAAACAGACAAGGCAUUGAAAGAAAGCGAAUGGGUUUGCAAUGGUUGCACUCGAGCAUUUUCCACCAGAAAUAAGAUGUUUGAACAUAUUAAAAUCAGUGGUCAUGCACUCGCCGUUGCUAUAGAUUCGCUUAAAGAUUCCAAAAGUAAAACACGCCAAAAACGUGGUUGACGAUUCACAACAGUCAUGCCGGUUUGAAAGUGUUGAUUGACUAAAAGUCGGAUAGGUACAAAGUGUGGGUAACAUCGAGAUGAUAUUUCCAUAGAUUUAGUAUUCAUUUAGACUUGGUUAAAGCUUGAUGACACUGACAAACAUGCCGUUGUCCACCUUAUGAUAACACAUUCAUUUCUUGACUAUACAAGACACUAAAUAAACCAUACAAUUUCAUUGAACC